AGCCCCGCCGGGGGCGGAGGCAGCCGGGCAGGGUUGGGUUUUGCCGCCCGGUGCCUCCUGAUGGGGCCGGGGGGAGGCAUGGCGCAGCGGCUGAACGAGCUUCCCGAUCAUUCGGCACGGGUGCGCGGGGCCGUGGCCGAGCUGCGGCGGCGGGCGGAGGCAGAGCCCGGGCAACGCUGGCCGCAGUCGCUCAGCGAUGCCUUCCUGGUGAGAUUCCUGCGAGCCCGAGACUUCAACCUGGAUCUGGCCUGGAGGUUACUGAAGAAUUACCAGAAGUGGAGAAUUGAAUGCCCAGAAAUAAGUGCAGAUUUACAGCCAUCUUCUGUCCUUGGUCUAUUGCAUGCUGGCUAUCAUGGAGUCCUGAGAUCAAGAGACCCGUCUGGAAGCAAAGUUCUAAUAUAUAGAAUUGGACAAUGGGAUCCCGCGUUAUUUACAGCAUAUGAUGUGUUUCGUGUAAGUCUGAUCACAUCCGAACUCAUUGUAAAGGAGAUUGAGACUCAGAGGAAUGGAGUCAAGGCUAUCUUUGAUCUUCAAGGAUGGCGAUUUGCUCAUGCAUUUCAAAUCAGUCCAGCAGUGGCCAAGAAAAUUGCUGCUGUGCUCACAGAUUCCUUUCCACUAAAAGUUCGAGGUAUCCACUUGAUUAAUGAGCCUUUAUUCUUCCACCCAGUCUUCGCUCUAAUUAAGCCCUUUCUCACUGAAAAAAUAAAGCAGCGGGUGUAUAUGCAUGGAAGUAACUACAUGCAGAGUCUGACGGAACACUUUCCAGUCAGCAUUCUCCCACAGGAAUAUGGGGGGGAAGGAGUCUCCUUUGAAGAGUUGGCCAAGGACUGGACUGACUUCAUAAUGGCGUCUGCAGACUAUCUCCAGAGCAUUUCUCUGGUUGCUCACGAAUAACCUUAUGAGAGUAUUAUAUCAAUUCCUGAAGACUGGAAGUGGAAAUAAAUUCAAUAUGAAAUCUUUCUUAUAAACUUGAAAUUUUAGUAAAUGGAAGCAGAAUGUCUUUGCAGAACAAAAUUACACUGAAUACACUUUUAUACUAACUGGAGUAUAUCAAUAUGUAUGUCUGAGGAGACUAAUGAUUUCUACAUGUUUGUAACUGAUAAAGUUGCAUGCCAGUAUUUGUACGUUGAAUAUCAGAUAUUGAUACUGCUCCUGUUAAGUUUUGGAAGACAACUCAUCUAUAAUAAUGCAGUCCAGAACCUUAUGCUUAGUUCUUUUAUCUUGGCUUGUCAAGAUGAUAAGAUACAAAGCCAAGUAAUUAAGGUAGAGCAGAAUAUAAAUGGGAUAGACUAGAUGCAGAAGUAUGAAUACAGGACUAAUUUACUGGUAGAGAGCUGCUUUUUGAACUGAUUCUCAGGGAAAUGGCUGUUUUGUUAGUUUGUGCUGCUAAGAUUACACAGUCAAAUUAUGAAUUAGUCAUCAAUACUGAAACAUUUGUUAUCUUUGUGCUGCUUACGCAGCUUCCCUUUUUGUGUUAAUUGACACAGUAAUCUGGUAGCUUCAUGGGGAACAUGAGGAAAAUACCAUGUACAUAUUCUUCAAAGGAGAGUGUGAAUCAGGAGGAACUGAUAAGUGAGUAAAAAAAAAAAUCAAGUUCUGAUUUUCUUUCUUCAAAGAGAUACUGUCUGUGGAUAAGCUAUAAGCAGCUCAGUAAUGUAAACACUUAAUUCCUGCUGUAGAUUGCUACAGAGGUCAACAGCUCUUCGCUGUCUGCAGUAUCUGACUUGCAGGGUGAAGUAUAUUCUUUGUAGAUCAGAAACUUAGAAAUAACUGCUGUGUGGUUUAAGGGUGCUUUGGACCUUCGCCUAGGAGAUGCUGGGUAUCUUCAUUCUUAUUUCUGAAUAGUAAUUGACAACUUGCCAGCCUAUGUAGUGUUGGACACUGGAAAAAUUUGUUAUUAAUUUCUGUUGCGUCUUCUUCUGUAUUUCUGUAAUGAAAAAAAUCUGUCUAUACUUAAAGGAAAGUAGAUUUUUGAAGGGACAUGAUUCAUAUAUGAAUGCUAUAUGUGUACAAGCUGUUGCAUAUAUUACACAGAAGUAUCAUCCUACAUUCCCCAAGGUUUAAUAAUCUGAAAUUGUAA